AGCAUGGAGUGGGGUUACCUGUUGGAAGUGACCUCGCUGCUAGCCGCCUUGGCGCUGCUGCAGCGCUCGAGCGGCGCCGCCGCCGCUUCGGCCAAGGAGCUGGCGUGCCAAGAGAUCACGGUGCCGCUGUGCAAGGGCAUCGGUUACAACUACACCUACAUGCCCAACCAGUUCAACCACGACACCCAAGACGAGGCGGGCCUGGAAGUGCACCAAUUCUGGCCGCUGGUGGAGAUCCAGUGCUCCCCCGACCUCAAGUUCUUUCUGUGCAGCAUGUACACGCCCAUCUGCCUGGAAGACUACAAGAAGCCUCUGCCGCCUUGCCGCUCGGUGUGCGAACGCGCCAAGGCCGGCUGCGCGCCGCUCAUGCGCCAGUACGGCUUCGCCUGGCCUGACCGCAUGCGCUGCGAUCGGCUGCCGGAGCAGGGCAACCCGGACACGCUGUGCAUGGACUACAACCGCACCGACCUCACCACGGCCGCGCCCAGCCCACCGCGCCGCCUGCCGCCGCCGCCGCCCGGCGAGCAGCCGCCCUCCGGCAGCGGCCACGGCCGCCCGCCAGGGGCCAGGCCCCCACACCGUGGCGGCGGCAGCAGGGGCGGCGGGGACACGGCGGCUGCGCCCCCCUCGCGCGGCGGGAAAGCGAGGCCCCCUAGUGGUGGCGCGGCUCCCUGCGAGCCCGGGUGCCAGUGCCGCGCGCCGAUGGUGAGCGUGUCCAGCGAACGCCACCCCCUCUACAACCGCGUCAAGACCGGCCAGAUCGCCAACUGCGCGCUGCCCUGCCACAACCCCUUCUUCAGCCAGGAUGAGCGCGCCUUCACCGUCUUCUGGAUCGGCCUGUGGUCGGUGCUCUGCUUCGUCUCCACCUUCGCGACCGUCUCCACCUUCCUCAUCGACAUGGAGCGCUUCAAGUACCCGGAACGGCCCAUCAUCUUCCUCUCCGCCUGCUACCUCUUCGUGUCGGUCGGGUACCUGGUGCGCCUGGUGGCAGGACACGAGAAAGUGGCCUGCAGCGGUGGCGCUCCGGGUGCGGGAGGAGCUGGGGGUGCUGGCGGCGCGGCUGCGGCUGGCGCGGGGGCGGCGGGAGCGGGGGCGAGCGGCCCGGGCGCGCGCGGCGAGUACGAGGAGCUGGGAGCAGUGGAGCAGCACGUGCGCUAUGAGACCACCGGCCCCGCGCUGUGCACGGUUGUCUUCCUCCUUGUCUACUUCUUUGGCAUGGCCAGCUCCAUCUGGUGGGUAAUCCUGUCGCUCACGUGGUUCCUGGCGGCGGGCAUGAAGUGGGGCAACGAGGCCAUCGCAGGCUACUCGCAGUACUUCCACCUGGCCGCGUGGCUGGUGCCCAGCGUCAAGUCCAUCGCGGUGCUGGCGCUCAGCUCCGUGGACGGCGACCCGGUGGCGGGCAUCUGCUACGUGGGCAACCAGAGCCUCGACAACCUGCGCGGCUUCGUGCUGGCGCCACUGGUCAUCUACCUCUUCAUUGGCACCAUGUUUCUGUUGGCUGGUUUCGUGUCGCUGUUCCGAAUCCGCUCGGUCAUCAAGCAGCAAGGAGGCCCAACCAAGACGCACAAGCUAGAGAAGCUCAUGAUCCGCCUGGGCCUCUUCACCGUGCUCUACACGGUGCCCGCCGCCGUCGUUGUCGCCUGCCUUUUCUAUGAGCAGCACAACCGUCCACGCUGGGAGGCCACUCACAACUGCCCAUGUCUUCGGGACCUGCAGCCCGACCAGGCGCGCAGGCCCGAUUACGCGGUCUUCAUGCUCAAGUACUUCAUGUGCCUGGUGGUGGGCAUCACGUCGGGUGUAUGGGUCUGGUCGGGCAAGACUCUGGAGUCGUGGCGCGCGCUGUGCACUCGCUGCUGCUGGGCCAGCAAGGGCGCAGCAGUAGGCGCGGGAGCCGGGGGCGGCGGCCCGGGGGGCGGCGGGCCCGGGCCCGGCGGGGGUGGGGGACCUGGCGGGGGCGGGGGAUCUCUCUACAGCGACGUCAGCACCGGCCUGACGUGGCGGUCUGGCACCGCCAGCUCCGUGUCUUACCCUAAGCAGAUGCCAUUGUCCCAAGUCUGAACCCUGAGCAGACGCCCAGAAGGGGCGGAGAGGGGUGGAGGAUGGGGAGCUCAAGGGCGGCGAAGGGACCCCAGACCGGCCGGGGUUCCCACCCCUUCACCGUGUUGAUUGCUAUUAGCAUGAUAAUGAACUCUUAAUGGUAUCCAUUAGCCGCUGGGACUUAAAGGACUCCCUUAGAACAAAGUACCUGGCAUUGAAGCCUCCCAGACCCAGCCCCUCCCCUCCGACGCUCCGGAGCGCCUCCCCCAGGCAAUGGUUUCAGCCGGCUAGGAGAGUUGGAACCCUCCUGGGUACCCUGGCUGAGCCUUGAGGUCAAGCUACAGACUUCUCCCAAGGGACCGCUUCACCCUCGACCCCGCCUGCAUAAAUUCACUCCUCAUACCCCCUAGAGGAGGGACGACUGCUACCUUGUGGGAUUGCACGGUUUGGGUAUUCUUAAUGACCAGGCAAAUGCCUUAAAUAAACAAGAAAUGUCUUAAUUAUACACCCCAAGUAAAUACGGGUUUCUUACAUUAGAGGAUGUAUUUAUAUAAUUAUUUGUUAAAUUGUAAAAAAGAAAAAAAAGAAAAAGUGUAAAAUAUGUAUAUAUCCAAAGAUAUACAACGUGUACAUUAUUUGUAAAAAGUUUAGAGGCUACCCCUGUAAGAACAAAUAUAAGUAUUCUAUUUUGUCAAUAAAAUGACUUUUGAUAAAUGAUUUAAAUACUACCCUGUCCCCCGACUCUUCUGAACUGUUCCCCUUGUGCUUGCUGAGGACAUGUGGGGAAAUGGACAUUUUCUGGCUUGCCAUUCUGUACACUGACUUUAGGCAUGGAGACAAUUACCUGUUAACCUCUAGUUCUUAAACUGUUAGCCAAGUAAAUGUCAUUGUUGAAUUGAAAUCAAAAUUGCGUUUUUGCACUUUCCCCAAAGAUGUUGGUUUUCAUGGUCUCUCCUUGCUGACCUCUGAGUGACAGCUCAUCUUGGUGUGUGUGUGUGUGUGUGUGUGUGUGUGUGUGUGUGUGUGUGUGUGUGUGUGUGUGUGUGUGGUGUGUGGAUGGACAGAUUGCAAAGGCGGCCAUUCCACUCAGCCUGUUUAUGUGGCUGGUAUAAUGUCACUUAAGUUGAAACAGCAGCCCUAUGUGAGUAUCUCCUGUCUGUGAUUUUUUUUUAAAGCCCUGACCUUUUACAGACCUGGCCACACUCUGAAAUGUGGAGGUUAGUAUUUGAAGCCACGGGUCACCUCUACACUGGAAGUCACUUGACAAUCUGGGGUAGCAGGGCAGGUGCUAGCUAACAGAUUAAACGAAUGGGUUAACUUCUUAAUGGCGCUCCGUGCUUGUGUAUUCCAAGUGUGCUGCUUUUCCUGGAGAAAAAAGCUAUUGUUCCUCUGUCAAGACUAAGCUAAUUUAUUUGAACAGAAGGCUGUUGAAUCAGCAGAAGAAUGCGCUGGCAAUUGUUGAACUUUUUACCUGUCUGCCCAGUGGCUCCGCACAUCGUUCCUUUAAGGGGAGCUAAAUGAAUAGGGUUAAUCUGUAGGGAACUUGGUCUUUUGAGUUUGAAAAACUUUGAUCUUUUCUCCUCUCCGAUUGUGCUGUGUAGUCUGAAGUUUCUUUCCCUGCUGCCUGGCUCCUCUUGGUGCAGACCAAUUGGCCACCGCAGAGCCUUAACGCUCUUCCAUUAAAGGGAUGUGGGACUUUUACUUUAAAAAGGAGAGGGAGAGAGGGAGACGAAGACUUGUAACAGUUAGUGAAGACCAGAGGCGCAAGUGCGCUCAGCCUUUUCAACAGCUUUCCACGGCUUUGUUAGCCAGCCCGCAGGCAGCUAGGCCUGGGCUGUGCAUUAUAGAAAAGGCUCUGAAUGCCCCACAGGUGGUCUGUGCACAUAAUCCCCCAAUUUAAAGCGGUUUCCUUUGCUGGACAAUUGCAUUACAAAACUCCCUUCUUUUUCACUCCUAAUUGAACCAAUGAACUAUUAUAAACUACAAGUUUUCCUUAAAAAAAAAAAUCCUCAGUGCCUAAAUUCUAUUGACUAAAUGCUGGCAAAUUUUCUGAACUGGACCUUUCAAACCUCUUGCAGGAAAUGCUUCUUCAGUAGAUAUUUUUCAGAAAUUUUUCUUCCUUAGGCUUUUUAAUUUCUGGAAAAUUAGCAAUAAUUUAAAAGUAAUUGGUAAGGUUGUAUGUUCAUACUGAAAAGAUAGCUCCAGGUCCCUUAUUAACCUGUCAAUCAAGAUAAGAAACUGGCAGCUACCCUGCUAAUAAGUGGGGUCUAGCAUUGUGGAUAAGGAGGGGCCCUGGGUGCCCUUCAUAGAUGUUUGGUUUUCCUUUAGUGACUAAAAUUCUGUAUUAAUAAGAAGAAAACUACUUCUUUUAUUGAUCUUCUUUAUUGAAGAAGCAUUGUUUUUUUUUAAUUUUCUAUUCCCUUCCAGAGUCACUGUUUGUUUAAACUGGAUUUUUAAAUUAGUUCUGUAAUGUAGAUACAUGCUCCAGCUGUCAUGCCCAUCUUACCUUGAAAAAUUGGGCACCUUGCCAGCAGUUUUAUUCAUUAAAUAAUUGUUGUUUUGUGACCUAGGUACCUCCAUACACUCCCAUCUAACCUACACACUGAUUGGGAUGCUGUGUGUGUGUAAACUGGCCAUGAACUCUGCAUAUUCAGUAAUAAGGUCAAAGUUGGGGACAGGGCUUUAUCAUGUGCAGAAAAGAAAAACACUAAAAGUUGCUGGUUAACUUGCGGAUUUCUCUGACAUAAUGGUAUUCAUGGUGGCAACUUUCAACUACGACUUUGGGGAGUUGCCAUACUUUGAAGCUUUUAACUCAUUUGUUUUCCAUAUUUCCUUAGAAAAUGCCAUAUGUGAUAGCUUUUACAAGAUGGCCGGAAGUGUGUACAACUGAACAAACGUAUGAAUCAAGGAAAAGCACUGUUUCCACUCUGAGGGCCUUCAGUGAAAAGGCCUGCUGCUGUACUCGGCAGACUGACUGGGUUCGGGGCUGGCUCUGAACCACAAGGUUAGUUCUUGGCUCUGAAAGCUGAAACAUGAGUCAAAAGUUGUCAACACCCAAAUGAUACUUAAAGUUGAUUGUGGGGGUAGGAAACGUAAAGAAGGACCCUUCUAGGCCCAUGUGCGUUAGAGGAAUGGCAGGGUAAUUGCUCAGAUACCACUUCAAGCUAGGUAGCCUGUCCUUAACUACUACAUUUAGAAAGUGUUAAGACUUAUCAAAUAUUUGAGGGUAGACAAUGUGGUUGCUGUGUGCCCAGAUUGAAGUAAAUAAAAUCUAAUGUGAUUAACACCA